AAUUUUUCCCGCUUUGUACGAAAGGGGGCGCCACUGACAAUUUUUACUUCAACCCCUUCAACCAAUAGCAAUACGUCUAUGAAUAUCCUUACUUUUAAGGUUAAGUGAAGCACUAAUCGAGUUCUUACUUUCCUAUCAAAAUGGGAAAAGCUUUUGGAAAUCUGCAUUAUGUUCGAGGAAUCGUCUUCUACAGAUUAAGUCCAUUUGAGCAAAAAUCUUUUGCAGGAAUCAUAAAUCCUGGAUUAUACAACACGGCUCGCCGAUUUCGUGAAAGUGUUUUCCGCGUUGUACCUCCCUUCAUAGUUGGCUACUUAGUCUACGAUUGGGGUGAAAAAACAUACAAAAAUAACCAACGCAAGAAUCCCAAGGAUUUCGAAAAUGACACAUAAAAUGCAGACAAUAUUAAAAUAGUUUCAAUAAUAUUAUUAGAAAAUUAUCUUUCUUACUUUUGCUUUGUGACUUUUUUUUAAAAAUUAUUUACAAGUCAUGAAAAACAAAUAAUUAAAACUCAGCAACUACAAGAAUAGAUAAAUUACCAACUUUUGUUACGUUUAACGAUAGUAUUGGUAAGUUAUUGAAAAAACAUCUUCGUUUUUUAAUCAACUGUUAAAUAAAACAUUGUCUACAGAAA